AAUAUCCAUUUCUGAGUCAUUUUCUGUUGUUACCCACUAAAUCAAAUCCUGCUGUUGGAUGGAACGCAUAACAGAUUAGAUAGUCGUAUGUGAAUUUUGAUUUUCACCAUCAAAUAAAUAACUCUGGAGUAGAGUUUAAAAGAAAUAAUCUGGCUCGGCUAGUAAUUAGUUGGCUAAAUAGCGAGAUUGACCUGAAUUGUGUCAAUGCACCGGAGACAACAAUAAACAUUGAACAUCAUGGCUCCUCCCAGACGACCUGCAACUUAUGGUCAGCCCUUGGCCCUGCCUAAACUGGCGAAUUUUAAAAUCCGAGCGGCAACAGGCCAGACUUAUGGAUCGGCCAUUCCAGGGUUGGAAGCCCUGCAUAAUGAAACGCGAAAACUGAGCACCUCGAAGAUGACUUGGCACGAAGCUUUUCUCAGCGAGUUUAAGAUCUCGGUUGACUCGACGAAAUAUUCAGUAGCUCGAGUUAGGAACAAAGGAUCUGCUCCUCGAAAGAAACACAAUCUGAUGGAAGACAUAAGCAUCCUAAUGUCCGAAUUCAAAAGAGUUUUGCCACUUUACACUAUUUGCAUUACUGAAAAUAACGCAGAGACAGGAGCGCCUGUUAAUGGUGAAAAUAAAAAAAGUAGAAACGCUUCUACUAAUGUUCAAGAAGUUGGACGGCCGGUUUUUGCUAGGAUUGAAACUCGCCCGGACAUGGAUAAUUUUCCCAACGAACUACGAUUAGGGGUUGGAAAUAUCGUGACCACCAAGGUCUGCCAGGUCACGACUGACCUUUCAGGACGUAGAAAGAGGGUGCCUAUAAGAUUGAGUUCUAUAACUAAGAAAUCUGGAAACACUGCUCAAGCGUCUUCUUCGGGGAUCAACAGAAAAGGUCUUAAAGGCAAACGUCCUUCUCCUGUAGGUCCACCAACCACAACUUUGGAACCAAAACGGCGUGAUUCAAAUUACCACAAUACGAAUGAUUUGUCUCAAAUUGUAGCUCCAUCGUCAAAUUCGGCUAACACUAACACAGAUUAUGAUAAUUUGUUUCGUCUGAAGGAUAAGGGUGCUGCUCGAAAUUACGAUGAUGAUGCUGGGAGUAACAUUAGUGACGACUCUCAAAUUGGUGAUCUCGCCGAUGUUGGUAUUGAAAAUGAAAAUAUUCUUCAAGACUUUGUGUCACGAGCGCAGACAAACUAUACAAAUUCUCAAAUCUUGCAGGCUCGUCACGAAUUACGUCUUCUCAGGUCAACAAAAUCCCAGCGAUGGGCCAGAUGGACUUUAUCUGCGCCUUUGUGUAGCAAUAUACUCCGAGACCUUCUCGGCAUUUGAGCUAUGAUCAUCAUUCUUCACAUAUAUUUUUUCCUUGUACAUAAGUUUAAUACAUUUAUGUUGCCAUAUUA